UGCUCUGCAAACCCUAAUUCAGCUUUCAUAAGGCCAGGGAUUCCUUUUCUCUUCAGUAACUCUCUAUUCCACAACCCCAUUAAUGGUUGCUUGUUUGUCUGUUUUAAUUUGAAGAAAUCUUAGCUUUUCUUUUACAACAAUGGAGCGCAAGACUAUCGAAUUAGAUCAGGGAUGGGGCUAUAUGCAUAAGGGGAUCAAAAAGCUAAGGAGGAUAUUGGAAGGACUGCCGGAGCCUCCGUUUACCUCAGAAGAAUAUAUGAUGCUUUACACUACUAUAUACAACAUGUGUACUCAAAAGGCGCCUUAUGAUUAUUCUCAGCAGCUCUAUGAUAAUUACCGAGAGGCAUUUGAAGAAUACAUUACUUCAACGGUAUUGCCGUCUUUAAGAGAGAAGCAUGAUGAGUUCACGCUGAGGGAGCUUGUUAAAAGAUGGGGAAACCAUAAAGUAAUGGUCAGGUGGCUAUCACGCUUCUUCCAUUACCUUGAUCGCUACUUCAUUGCCCGGAGAUCACUCCCUGCGCUUAAUGAAGUUGGUCUGGCCUGCUUCCGUGAUCUGGUAUAUCAGGAAGUGCAUGCCAAAGUCAAUGAUGCUUUAAUUUCCCUUAUUGAUAAAGAACGUGAGGGAGAUCAGAUAGACCGUGCAUUAUUGAAGAAUGUAUUGGACAUUUUUGUUGAGAUUGGCAUGGGACAUAUAGAUCGUUAUGAAGAUUCUUGUCCCGAGUACAUGUUGAAGUCUGAAGAAUGCUUGAAGAAGGAAAGGGAAAGAGUGUCUAAUUACCUGCAUUCAAGCAGUGAGGUGAAAUUGUUAGAGAAAGUGCAACAUGAGUUGUUGGUUACAUAUGCCAAUCAGCUACUUGAAAAGGAGCAUUCAGGGUGUAGGGCCUUGCUUAUAGAUGACAAGGUGGAGGAUCUUUCUAGGAUGUAUAGGCUUUAUUGCAAAAUACCUCGAGGCUUGGAUCCUGUUGCCAAUAUAUUCAAGCAGCAUGUUAUUGCUGAAGGAGCAGCCUUGGUUCAACAGGCAGAAGAUGCUGCCUCGAAUGCUCCAGCUGUGCAGGAACAGGCCCUUGUAAGGAAAAUAAUCAAGCUGCAUGAUAAGCAUAUGACAUAUGUGACCGACUCUUUUCAAAACCAUACUCUGUUCCACAAGGCUUUGAAAGAGGCUUUUGAGGUAUUCUGCAACAAACCUGUUACCGGAAGUUCAAGUGCCGAGCUUUUGGCAACAUUCUGUGAUAAUAUCCUCAAGAAGGGUGGAAGUGAGAAAUUAAGUGAUGAAGCAAUUGAAGAAACACUUGAGAAGGUGGUUAAGCUGCUUGCCUAUAUUAAUGACAAAGACCUCUUUGCCGAAUUUUAUAGGAAGAAGCUUGCUCGUCGAUUGCUAUUUGACCGCAGUGCUAAUGACGAUCAUGAAAGGAGUAUUCUUACUAAGCUGAAGCAGCAUUGUGGUGGACAGUUCACCUCAAAGAUGGAGGGCAUGGUCACAGAUCUGACAUUGGCAAGGGAAAACCAGGCCAGCUUUGAGGACUAUCUUAGGAGUAACUCAGCUGCACAUCCUGGGAUCGAUUUAACAGUUACUGUUCUCACAACAGGAUUCUGGCCAAGUUAUAAAUCGUUUGACCUCAAUCUACCUGCUGAGAUGGUCAAGUGUGUGGAAGUUUUCAAAGGAUUCUACGAAACAAAAACAAAACACAGAAAGCUUACAUGGAUAUACUCCCUAGGAACUUGCCACAUUAGUGGAAAGUUUGAUCUGAAAACUAUUGAACUGGUUGUUUCAACAUAUCAGGCUGCAGUCCUCCUGCUUUUCAACACUUCUGAUCAGCUAUGCUAUUCGGAGAUAAUGGCUCAGUUGAACUUGACUCACGAAGACUUGGCCAGAUUACUACUUUCACUGUCAUGUGCAAAGUAUAAGAUUCUAAGUAAAGAGCCAAACACAAAAAUCAUCUCCCAGAGCGACUCCUUUGAGUUCAACUCUAAGUUUACCGACAAGUUGAGGAGAAUUAAGAUUCCUCUCCCUCCUGUGGAUGAAAGGAAGAAAGUAGUAGAAGAUGUUGAUAAAGAUCGGCGUUAUGCUAUUGAUGCUGCAAUUGUACGCAUAAUGAAGAGCAGGAAGGUUUUGGGGCACCAACAAUUGGUUUCGGAGUGUGUCGAGCAGUUGAGUCGCAUGUUCAAGCCUGAUAUUAAAGCCAUAAAGAAGAGGAUCGAAGAUCUGAUCACGAGGGACUACCUGGAGAGAGACAAGGAGAAUCCCAACACAUUUAGAUAUUUGGCCUGAUAUUGCUCCUGUUUUUUCGGCCAAUUGCUACAUGUUAAUUAUUACAG